AUGUUCAAAAGCGGGCCCAACUAUACAAAGCUGAAAACAAACUUGAGGUUGAUUAUCAACCGUUUGAAGCUAUUGGAGAAGAAGAAGACAGAGAUGGCUUUGAAGUCUAGGAAAGAAAUCGCAGAUUAUAUCUCUGCAGGGAAGGAAGAUCGGGCUAGGAUCCGAGUAGAGCAUAUUAUCCGUGAGGACUACCUGGUGGAGGCAAUGGAGCUGUUGGAGAUGUACUGUGACCUGCUGCUGGCCAGGUUCGGGUUGAUACAAACACAGAAAGAGCUGGAUCCAGGACUUGAGGAAGCAAUUGCAACCAUCAUCUGGGCAACUCCAAGGCUACAGGCUGAUGUCCAGGAGCUGAAGGCAGUCACUGAGGAGUUUACUCUCAAGUACAGCAAGGAGUUUGCACUGGCCUGUCGUGGAAAUAACCUUAGUAAUGUUAAUGAGAAGGUCAUGCACAAAUUGUCAGUUCAGGCCCCGCCAAAGCCCCUUGUGGAGCGCUACAUGGUGGAGAUCGCCAAGACUUACAAUGUUCCCUUUGAGCCAGACCCCUCAGUCAUGCAGAACGAUGAGAUCCUCAUGGCCGAGAAUCUUCUCAUAGAUCUGGAUGCGGAUGACAAGAAGCAGGGUCGUGGUGGUGGUGGUGGCGGUGGAGGUGGCCUUAGGGGACCUCCGCAGCCGCUGAAUUUUCCUCUAUAUAGCGUUCCGGCGCAGCAAGCUCCCUAUCCAACAGCUGGAGCCGUUCCUCCCCCUCUGCCCUCACAGGGACCGCAUGGAGGUUACAACGGCUACCCCAGUCAACCACCUGCCUACAACUCUGGAGCACAUUCUGCUCCUCCUGGCCCACCCAACUUCGACAACCUGUACACUCCUCAGAAACCAGCGCAGCCACCUGGCCCUUCAGUGUCAAAAGCUUCAGCUCCGCCACCAAGAGUAAACGACGACAUAUUCCCAGAACUGCCCACAGUGCCAAGUAACACUCUACCUGACAUCGGUAACUCAGUUGGAGGGGGGUCGGCAGGUGGUGAUGAUGUUGAUUUCGAUGAUUUAACAAGACGAUUUGAACAGCUGAAGAAAAAGAAGUAA